AUGACGCCAAAGGCUGAACAAGCCAAACUCGCAGGCAACGCCGCGUUCAAGGCGGGCCAGUGGGAGCUCGCCCUCGCCCACUACUCGACCGCCAUCCAGCUCGACCCCUCGGUCGCCACGUACCCGCUCAAUCGCGCCGCCGUCCACCUCCGCCUCGACAACCCUCGCGACGCCGACAAGGACGCCUCGACCGCACUCGCCCUCCAAGGUGGCCACUCGCCAAAAGCCCUGUUCCGUCGAGCGACUGCCCGCAAGCAACUCGGCAAACUCGAACUCGCGCGAGCCGACUUCGAGGAGGCCAAGCGGCAAGGUGCAGGAGACGAUGUCAACAACGAGCUCGCCCUGCUUGCGACACAGCUCGACAACGCCAAGGUCGACAAGCCGGCGCCGCCAAAAGCCACUGCGUCGAACAAGUCGAACCCUGUCUCGCCGCCCGAGCCGCCACGAAAAGCGACAUCGCCCUCGACGGAGCGUCUGCGCGCCGCUCUCGCACGGCCCGUUCCCUCCUCUUCUCCCUCCAAAUCGUCGUCCGCCAAGCCCGCCAACGACGGCUUCAUGACGGCCGUUUCGUCGCGUCGCCUUACCUCGUCAGCACCCGCCACCCCACCCUCAGCUCCUGCACCCGCAGCCUCGGCGGCCUCGCCCGAACCCGGGUCUCGGCCGGCGAGCUCGUUCGCGGCCAAGAAGCAGGCGCGCACGGCGAAACAGGCGCAGCCGCCUCGUCAAGCCUCGGACCCUCGGGCACGAGACGUUCCGGCACCGCAUGCGCCUCUCGCGAGCCCGGACUCGUCGAACCCGGCGCCGCCGACCUCGAGCUCGCCGCAAGACGCCGCGCCUCUCGCCCAACCCGCCGGCGCCACGCCGCCACCGCCGGCAGCCUCGACAAGCUCAGCUUCUGCUCCUUCGUCCUCGACCGACGACGCGGCGCCGGCGUCGCUCAUCCCCUCGGCCUUCCUCCGCCCGACGAGUUCCUCAGCUCCCCCUCCGCCAUCCGCCACCGCCCUCGAGACGCACUUCCUCCUCACACCUCCCGGCGCAUCGACCCGCCUCGCGCUCCUGCGCGCCCUCGACCCUCGCCCGUCUUCGCUGCGCGCCUUCUUCGGCGCCGCCGGCGUCCAACCCGACCUCCUCAGCGCCAUCCUCGCCGAGGUGCUCCCACUCGCGCUCGCGCCCGCCGGCGUCGAGCAACUCGAGCGCGACACCGAGUGGGUUCCGCGCCUGCUCGAGGGUUUGUCGGCGACGGCGAGGUGGGACGCGGCCGUGCUGUUCCUCGACGAGGGCGAGCGGGACGGCGUGCGGCGCGUGCUCGAGAAGGAGGAGGCGAGAUGGAGGAGGGCAAGGGACACAUGGGGUGUGUAGCAGGCGAGCGCGAGGUCUGCUCGAGACGAGCAACGCGAGGUCGUUGCCGCUCGACACGAGGAGAGGGCCGGAGAGAGAAGGAGCGUGCGGCGGCGAGCGGGUGCGGGCCUCGCGCGACACUUUCGCUCGUGCGAGGACGUUCAUGUACCGGUACUGACUUUAUUCUCGAUACCAUAGUGCUACAUGUCCGGCUCGACGAGCACGACCCGCCCGCCCGCUCCUCGCCCGCCGACUCACCGUCUCACGCCCGCCCUGCAAGGACGCCCUUCUCGAGCCACCUCCCACCCUGCCGUCGUCUAUCCUUCCGACUCCUCGUUCCCCGAUCCGCAACCCGACGUCGCGUCGAGCUCUCCCUCCUCGCUCCUCCACUCCUCGUCGU